CAGAUACUGUACAAGCAUGUAGCUGCAAGCGGUCCUGAAUGAAAGUGAAGGCACUGCAAAUGAGAAGGAAAGAAGAAAGUAAACAGCAGUUUCUCCUAGUACUGCAAAUGAGGCUGUCAUACUUGGUACAUCAGUGAAACUUAUCAAGAGCCAAAGUCCUGGAACAUUUUGUAUCCUUUACACUUUAGCCCUUCAGUUACUUUUUUGGAGUAAUGAAUAUUGACGUUGUGGGGAGGAUUCUGCCAAGUCAACAUAUAGAAGGGGACCAUGGGCUGCACAUUUCAAGCAGAGGGAAGACAGUGGCUACAAGCCCUGGAGUCCGAUCUGUCUCUUUCAGCUUUCAGGAGCUGUUUGGUGGGGAUGUUGCCACGCAAGAGGUGUUCACGAAGACAGUGGAGCCCCUCUUAGGUGUGUUCAUGGAAGGGAUGAACGUUGCUGUCUUGACUUUUGGAGAGACAGGAUCUGGGAAAUCAUAUACUCUGACAGGUGAAGCGAGUGACCGCUCGGGUAUUAUUCCACUGGUCAUUGACUAUGUCUAUGGAGAGCUGCUACAGCAAGUUCCACAACACUCAGAUACUCCACCAUCAAGAUACCAAAGGAGGUCUGCACAGUCUUCCAACUGGUCAUUAUUCAUGUCCAUGUAUGAGAUCCAUAGCGAGGUAUUGCGGGACCUUCUCCAGCCUGUGAAACAAGCUGCCACUAUGAUUGAGUUGGCAUACACUGCAAAGGAUGGGGCACAUAUUAAGGGCCUAAACCAUAUGGCAGUAUCUUCAGCAGCUGAUGCAACAACUUUAUUUCGUCAAGGAUGGGCAAGGCGGACAGGAGCAACUGCUGAUAUUGGACCAGCCUCCAGCCAUUCUAUCAUAGUAACACAGUUUCACUUGGAGAACACGACAAAUGAAUCUUACUCAACCAAGUCCUGGCUGAAAAUAAUUGACCUUCCUGGUGCAGAGAAGCUGGCAGAAGAUGUGAAUUUGCUUCAGUUACAAGAAGGACCAAUGACAAACAAGUCACUACUGGCAUUUUCUCGCAUGGUUGACAGCCUGGUAGGGGUCUCUAUCCCAGAGAGAGUCAUCAAUUACAGUGAUUCGAAACUGACACAACUGCUGGAGGAUGUUAUUGGUGGGAACUGCAAAACCAGGGUAAUCUGUUGUUUACGGCCAAAUCCAGAGCCACAGAACCUGACUGCCAUUUUGAAGACCUGUUCAUCUCUGUCACAGGUUAAAAACUUUCCUGUGUUAUAUGACUACAAUACUGAGUCUCUUAUAAUACAGUACCGAGCAAGGAUUUUAGCUGCCCAACAGAACACCAGAAAACACAUGGGCGAGAAGGAAAAUGUGGGUACGCUUAAAGAUCAACUCAGAAGACUUACCAAUGAGAAUGUACAGCUACGAGAUAAAAAUGAACGACUGUACACUAAGCUGAAUGAGCUGCAGGAGAAGAUGGGAAAGUUGGCAGGAUCAAAAACGGACCUAUCAAGUAAACUGAUAUUCAGUGAGGAGGAGAAAUUGAAGAUUUCCAAGGAUCUUAUUGAGCUGCAGAUUCAGAUGAAUAACAUGAGGGAGCAGUAUGAAGCUGAGAUUUUUGAGCUGAAGAAUGCGAUUCUCACUUAUGAAAAUCGAAUUGCUGAGCUUGAGAGUCAGAGGGACAAAGUAACGCAUGAAAAUCAAAUUGCACAAGAGCGCCUACGAGCUGUUGAGAAGAAUCGUAAGGAGUUGGCAGAUGAAUACAUUGUCCUUAAAAGCAAUUUUCUGGCCUUGAGUAAAGAACAUGAAGAAGAGGUUUCUAAAAAUGAUGCCCUUGGCUUGGAACUGUUGAACAUGGCUAAUGCAAAAAGCUCCCUAAAAAACGAACAAGAAAGCUAUGCAAAAUCACGGGCACUGUACGAGGAAGCUGCUGCUGAGCUGGAACGAGUACGCGCUCUUGUCACUCACAUGUCUUCACGUAGACUCAAGCCAGAGGACAUUACUGCAUCAGAAAUUGACCGACGCAAGGUGGAGAAGAAUUUGCUUGGUAACAGAGACCAUAUCCUACAGGAACUUGAACUGAUGAAGAAAAUGCAUUCAGAGCAGCAGCAGAAACUCAGUGAUAAAAUAGUGGCAAUGAGCAAGGAGCUACAAGAAGCCAAGAAAGCCAUACGUAAUACUCAGCACAAGAUAGCUGAGCAGUCAGCAUCACUUCUAACAUCUCAGAGUCAGGUGAAGGAGGUGGAGACGGAGAAUUCUCGACUUCAGAUGCAGCUUAAGGAGCUGAAUGAGGCAUACCGUUCACGCUUGUCUCGCUACAUCGAGGAUAUAGCGGAGUAUGUAGAUGGCACAGCUAAGGGACCAGAUGGUACCAAUCAUGCUCCAGUGGAUACAGCACGUAUGAAGCGCUUUGUGGACAGCAUGCUAAAAGAUAUUCGAUCGUCAUACAAGUCACGAGAAGAACAGCUUGCCACUGCAGCUAGAAGCUACAAGAAGCGUCUACAGAACCUGACUAAAAGACAUGAAAAUCUCUUGAUUGCAUACAGGAUACAGCGUGAACAAAUGCUAGCACUAGGUGAUGUGGGCUUGGACCCAGGCCCUCCAGAAUACCAUUUCAGCAUCAUUGAUGGUGAUCUACAGUCAAGCCUGGCACAAGAGGUAAAUAAUCUCCGAGAGGACAAGGUUAGACUGGAGGCACAGUUGCAGCAAGCCAAGGACAAGGUAAGGAUAGUGGAAACAUCAGUGGUUAUAAUCUCCUUUCCCCAGCUGGGUAGCAGUGGAAAGCUUGGAGAAGAAGCCUGGGCAGAAAUUAGAAAACAGCUGCGUGAAUUUACGCACUCCACACAGGAAGAUCUAGAGAGGGAGCGAGCUCAGCUUUUGACUAGAGCUGCAAUGGCUGAGGAACAACUUUUGGAGCUUCAGGAAUAUGUGGACAAACAUCUUGCCAGGUACAAACAAGAGAUAUUACGACUAAGAAAACUCCUUGGAAAUGAGGCACCCAGGUCAUUUAGUGCGGGUACUGCAGAAACAGUCAAGUUUCAUCGAUCCAUGGCAAAAACUAGCAAAGAACUGUAACCACCCUAUGAGAUGGCUGAAACAUUCAGUAUCACAAAUGGAAAAAGAUGAUUUGUUGGACCUGUUUUUUUUUUAGCUCAGCAAGCAUAACAAGGUUUCUCACAUCUUGUCAAAUACCAGGGUUUUAUUGAACUGAUAAUGAUGCGAGUAUUACUAUAAUGAGUUACAGAAACUAUAACAUGAAUCUGCUCGGAAUGGAAGUAUGGAUGACUGUUAGAGAUGAAGAAAAGCAAUUUAACUACAUUUAAGGAAAACAGAACCUUUCAUAGUAAUAAAUUUGUAAUUUUUUGGUAGUACUUUUGUCAUUUAAGAGAUGCAUAUUGCUGAUCCUUAUUACAUAAAGUCUCUAAUGUUUGAUCCUAUGAGCAUAGUAUGAAAUAAUUUUGUUGAAUGACAGUUUUUAUUCUAACAGAGUUACUCUUUACCUCAUUUUUGUAUGACCAUUCAGUAGGUAUAUAUAUAUAUAUAUAUAUAUAUAUAUAUAUAUAUAUAUAU